GCAAGCGGCUGCAGCCAGGCGGCGGUGUGCGCCUGGGCAGGGAACAUGGACUGCGCCCGCCUCUGGCUAGGGCUGCUGAUGCCUGCGGCAGCUGCCCUGGACUUCAGCUACCACCACCAGCCAGAGAUGGAAGCGUUUCUGAAGAAUAUUGCCCAAAACUACAGUUCUAUCACUCACUUACACAGUAUCGGGAAAUCUGUGCAAGGCAGAAACCUGUGGGUUCUCGUCGUGGGACGCUCUCCAAAGGAACACAGAAUCGGGAUUCCGGAAUUCAAGUACGUGGCAAACAUGCAUGGAGAUGAGGCUGUAGGGCGGGAACUGCUGCUCCAUUUAAUUGAAUAUCUUGUAACCAGAGAUGGAAGAGACCCUGAAAUCACAAAUCUAAUCAACAGUACCCGGAUACACAUCAUGCCCUCAAUGAACCCAGAUGGAUUCGAAGCUGUUGUAAAGCCUGACUGUUUUUACAAUGAGGGCAGGGAUAAUAGUAACUUCUAUGACCUGAAUAGAAAUUUCCCUGAUGCUUUUGAGUUUAAUGAGGUACCAAGGCAGCCUGAGACCGUGGCAGUCAUGAAGUGGCUGAAUACAGAGACCUUUGUCCUCUCUGCAAACCUCCAUGGUGGUGCCCUGGUGGCCAGUUACCCAUUUGAUAAUGGUGUUCCAGCCACUGGAACAUUAUACUCUCGGAGCUUAACCCCUGAUGAUGAUGUUUUUCAAUAUCUUGCAAACACCUAUGCUUCGCGGAAUCCUGACAUGAAAAGGAAUUCAUGUAGAAUUAAAACAGGGUUUUCUAAUGGAAUCAUAAAUGGAUACUCCUGGUAUCCACUGAAAGGUGGAAUGCAAGAUUACAACUACAUCUGGGCCCAGUGUUUUGAAAUUACAUUGGAGCUGUCAUGCUGUAAAUAUCCUCGCAAGGAGAAGCUUCCAGGUUUCUGGAAGGAUAACAGAGACUCUCUGAUUGAAUAUAUAAAACAGGUGCACAUAGGUGUAAAGGGCCGAGUUUUUGAUCAGAAUGAGACUCCAUUAUCCAAUGUAACUGUAGAAGUCCAAGACAGAAAACAUAUCUGCCCCUACAGAACCAACAAAUUUGGAGAGUAUUACCUCCUCCUCCUGCCUGGAUCCUAUGUAAUAGAGGUUACAGUCCCUGGACAUGACCCACAUCUCACAGAGGUGACUAUUCCCCCCAAAUCCCACAACUUCAGUGCUCUCAAAAAGGAUAUUUUACUUCCAUUCAGAGGGCAAUCGGAUCAUAUCUCAGAAUCAAAUCCUUUAUGUCCCAGGAUUCCUCUUUACAGGGAACUGGAAGGCCACUCAGCUGCAACAAAACCCAGUCUGUUCUUAUUUUUAGUGACUCUUUUUCACAUAUUGUUUAAAUAAAGCAAAAUGUGAAACUCAACCCCCAUCACCACCUGGAAUCAGGGAUUAAUCAUCCAGGUUACUGCAACUCUUAACUCCCUCUGUGGGACCUUGACUGGAUAAACUCCAUGAUGCUUCCCUAAGAAGAGAAAUGUUUGUUUGCAAAUCCUGCAAGAGCAAUGUAUGAUGAUAAUGAAAGGAAUGAUUGUCUUAACGUGGACGAUACCUGCCCAUCAAGUACUGCUCACUUACACUUAAUCUUGAAGUGGUCUUAGAAAUUUAUAAGAAGUUAAACUUGAGAAGCUAAAGUUCCUGCAAGGGAAAAAAAUAAAGAACUAAUUUUGUGUACAGACAGCCAUUUGAAUAUAAGCAAUGAAGAUGAAUAUUUAUUGAUUACCUAUUACAUACAUGGGUCGGGAAGAUCCCCUGGAGGAGGAAAUGGCAAUCCACUCCAGUAUUCUUGCCUGAAAAAUCCCAUGGACAGAGGAGCUUGGCGGGGCUACAGUCCAAAGGGUCGCAGAGUCGGACACAGCUGAGUGAGCAUGUAGCAUAUUAUUAAUACAUGCAAGACCUUGCCAUGUGUGCCCUGUGUGAAAAGAUAGUGCCAUAUAUAAUUUUCAGUACAGGGAGAAAUGAUAUAGGACUGGGAAUAUUAAGUUCUGCCAAUGUUCUAAGAAAUGUAAGAGAAAAUAGGCAACCCUGUCCCAGAAGCCCAAGAAAAUACAGAUCUGAUGGGAUGACAAAUUUGUCUACAGAGCCCCCAAAAUAAUAGGUUAAGUAAGGGUCGCUGCCUUUCUGAAACCAGAUGCCACAGACCUCGGUUAUGCUGAUGACCCCCAAAGGCCGGACUUCAGACUCAGGUCUGACUGCCCACUGGACACAUCUACCUGGAUGUGACCCGUAGAUACCUCAAACUCAUCAUGUUGAAAAAUUGUACAUACUUUUCUCCCCAGAGCUGCUUUUCCUCCUGCAUUCUCUCAGUUACUGACAGCACCAAACUAAAAACUUGGAAGUCACCCUUAAUACCUCCUCUUGCUCCUUCAUCCCCUCUAUUCAGUCAGUCACUGACUUUCAUUUACAAUAACAAACAACAAAUAAAGAUUGUUAUCAAAUAACAAUAUGAAAGGAAUCUGAGAGGGUUCAAAUUAUUACUAUUCAAAUUCAAAUAUGAAAUCAUUCCUUUCAUAUGUUAUCAAAUAACAAAGAUUUCAGAUAACAAUAAAGAUUGUUAUUUGUGUUGAUUGAUGCUACAUUCUCUUCAUGGCUACUAACAUCACCAGGUUGAGGCCAUCAUAACCCACCUGCACCACGGCAACAGCUUUCCUGGUCUCUUGCUCCCAGCCUUCUCUUCAAAUGCCACCUCCAUGUAGCUCUAGGGAAAGGGGUCUCUUUCAAACAAUCAGCAAUCACCUAUGAGUAGUUCCUACACACAUAAAUGCCGUGUGUGUUCCCUGUGUCUGCCAGUGCCAUUCUGACCCACUGCAUUUUCUUUCCCACUCCACCUUUAAAACUCAGUUAAGGCUGUCUAUUGGGUGCAGAGUUUCUGUUUAAGGUAAGGAAGUUCUGAAAAUAGUGAUGAUGGUUGUACAACGUUGUAAAGUAUUUAAUACCAUUGAAUUGUAUACUCAAACUGGUUAAAAUGGUAGGUUUUAUGUAUAAGGACAACAACUAUUAUAUAUUAAAAUAAUGCUUCAUAAGGUGCUUUGUGAUAAAGUACAAAGUGAAGGUUUCAAGGCAGACAUGCUAUGUAAAUUACAUCUUUCUUACUUGAUGUGAAACUACAACAGAAAUAAAGACUAGUCUCUUAAGAGUAAACAAGUAAAACUUAAAAGAUCGAUGAUUCCCUUUAAAAAAAAGGAAACUUCAGUUCAGGUUUCAAUUCCCUUGGGAAACCUUUGCUGACCAUUGUCCCAUUUCACGCAAUUUCACUGCACCCCACAGACCCAUCGGUUGAUCUGAGGGCCCUGCCUCUUUGCUCCCCAAAUUACACACAUUACUUCUGUUACGGGACUUACCACACUGUAUUAUGAUCUCCUACUUCCAUGGCGGAUUUUAUCCGGUAGAGUGUGAGGUCUUUGAGACCAAGGUCUACUUGUUUGGAAAAUUUAUUUAUUCUCAAAUCCUAGCACACGGCAAGAACUGAAUAAAUGAACUAAGUGAUCCAGCAAACUGCUAUUCUUAAAACAUUCUAUGUACGAAUUAGGUUAAGGGGGUCGGGUGGUUAUCAAACAGAAAAAUAUAGCAACUGUGGCAAGCAGAUUUCUGAGUGCUGUGUAUUCCUCAUGGAAAGUGAGUUGCUUUAGUUCUUAUUUUAAAUGGAAAGUUCUAUACGAUCUGGAAACAAAAACUAUACCGGACUUGGCACACGCUUGAGACCUACAAAUGAAAGGGAGAUACAUGGGCAUUUAGGAGCUGUUUCUGUGCCAGGCUGAUUCCACAUGUACAAAAUCAUACAUGUUAAAGUAAAAUUUGUAGACUUCUUUUAAAUCUGGUAAUAACCUGAAUAUUUUUAUUUUUAUUUAAAUAAGCAAUAAUUUGUUAUAUGCUUGAAAGUAUAUAUUAAUAUUGCAGAAAAUUAUUUUGGUUUAUUACAUACAUUGAAUCUAUCAAGUUGUAAACAAUUAUCAAGCAGGCAUUUAAGCAUUUUAACUUUUCUAAGAGGGCAAUUUUUGAAGGGACAUGAACCAAGAUCUGAUUUGGUUCUUAAGCCUUAAUGUAACUUUCUCUAAAGGAAAUAAUGUUUGCAAAAUAAGAAAUUUUAUCAAAACCAUUUAGAAAAUUUCCAAAUAUAAACCAAACCUGAAUUUAGUUCAAAGCAGGUUUGAGGUACUUAUUUUGUAGCAACAGCUCUGUCUGUGCUUGAAAGUGAAAUUUGCUGCAAGGAUUUAGUAUAGCAGAAUCCCAGCUACAUGUUCCACUCAUCAAGUGACCUGUUCAAAAGGAGAAACAACCAUGGAAUUCUGACUACAAACCAGAUCCCCACCUUCCCCUGCAUAACACCUUUUCUACUGUUCCCCACCCUCUUAGGCUGGUGGUUAUGCUCCUCAGAAUCUCUAAGUUCAGGUAUAACUCCUUUUAACGAGAAACCAAUAUGGCAAAGAUUUUCAAGAUAGGAGAAAAGAUAGCACAUGCAAAAAAAAUAAAAAUGGUAAUUAGAAGGCAGGAGCCCCAAGAUCCAGCCCACCCAAUGUUCAGCUUCCUUACCUGUAAAAUGUUCCGUUUCUUUGCUUGACUGUGAUUCUAUGAUGAUCAGCCACAGUGGUGUCAGAUGCCACACUCUGGUGCCACUACUGGGUAUUGCCCAGGUGGAAGAAGGAUAGUUAACACUCGAGAGGCAUAAAUAUUUUAAAGGCUGUAUAACUUAUCAAAGACCAAUAAACAGAAUUGGCCUGAAAGCUGAAACACUGGCUAGCUAGAAUGACCAUUUAUAAUAUUUAAGAAAACGUUCAUGAAGUUAGACAGCUUUUUCUCAUGUACCUCCUUAUUAUAAUAUUAACAUGAAUGGAUUUAAAUGGUGGGGAGUGUUUUAGAAAAAAGUCUCUACAGAUUAAGUGUCAGUGUUGAUUUUAGUGCUUAAUUUAUCAAGACUUGAGCUAUUGGUCGCGCAGUCCUAGGGAAUAUAGAAAAAUGAACAUAGCUUAUUGUCUCACUGUAACAGGGAAAGUUGCUUAUUGAGAAAUUUGGUUCUUAUUCUACACAGUUAUAAUACAGUUGAUGCCUAUUUUAUGACUGAUUUAGACUGGGUGGAAGGGGAGAAAAUUAUGGUUCAAGAGAAAAAAGUUCACAGCACCUAAAGUAGAAAUUUGGGGAGACAGUCUAACUUCAUUACAGACUUUUACAUUAUAUCAUUGAUAAGCAGAUAUUGUACUGUAUUGAUCAUAAAUUGUUUUAUCAUACUUUUGCAUAUGAACUACUCCAUAGCCUUUUAUAGAUGUUGCAUAAGAUGAUUUUACAAGUUUUCUCAGCGACUUUCUUUUGUACUAUAAUUAAGAAAUUAAAACAUACAAAUUGUCUAAGACUAUAAAGUCUUGUUGGGUAGGGGCCAUGACUACCUCUGAAUUCAGUAAAAAUCAGAAUAUUUCUGAUUCUCAAUAAAGAAUUAAUAUUCCUAUAAA